AUGAAGGUCGUGUUACUCUCUGCUGUUUUCUUCUGCUUGGUACAAGGAAACUCAGGGGACAUACCACCCGGGAUCAGAAACACAGUCUGCCUUAUGCAGUAUGGCCGCUGCAGACUUUUUAUGUGCCGCUCUGGUGAGAGAAAGGGGGACAUCUGCUCCGACCCCUGGAACAGAUGCUGCAUACCCAGUUCCCUUGAAAAUGGAAAACCCACGACUUAAGGUGGCAGGGUUAGGUGCAAGCUUCUGGAAGGUGGAGACCCGGGAACACCACAGCCUUUGAAGAGGGGCGUCUGAUGGUUGGUGCUCAAUAAACACUUGCUGAAUGAAUCAAGCCCCAAGGCGAAG